CUUGGUGUAGUUAUUCAAAUCAAUCAUCAGGAAAUGCUGUUUCUCUUAUCACAGACUCUUUAUUGACAAUAUUUGUAGAUAACAAUGUCAAAUUAACGAGCCUUUUCGUUUGGCCAAAUCAUGUUCAUUGGACUCACUAUAGUUCAAAUAGAUAUAUGGAAUUAGUUGAACCUGAAUUUAACGGGUUAUUACUGGAGUUAAAAAAUUUACAUAUCGAAACACAUUCUAAAUAUCCAUCUGCUAGGUUUUUCUCUCAUUUGUCUCGGAUAGUUAAUAUUAAAAAAUUAUUUUUACGUACUCAACUAUUGGGUCUUAUGGGAUUUCCAAAUGAUUUGGAAAAUGAAAUGGCUCGUAGUAUUAGUAAGUUAAUAAAUGCUCAAACCAACUUAAUCUCGUUCACGCUUUCAAAUUCAAUUCGAUACACUUCGGAUUUUAUCAAAUCUUUAUUACCUAUAACUCAUCAUAUUAAAAACAUUUCAUUAAUUGAAUCAAAAAUUUUUGAAAUUGAUUCUUGGAUAAUUUUAUCUAAAUGUAUAAAUUUACAAAAAUUGGAAAUUAUUAAAUGCGCUGGAUUGAAUGUGGAAUCAGUAAUCCCUUUUAUAUCUGCCAAUUGGACAACUUUGGAAUCAAUUCAUAUUGAAAAUAAUCAACCAAUUGUUGUCAAUAAUGAAUUGGUGCAGUGGGCAAAUAAAAAUCGUAAUAAUGUAAUAAUGAGAUGA